AUCGUUCGAGCAAAAUACAUCCUUUACUAUUGUUCUCUUCCAAUUGUUUCUCGUUGUUAUUUUGUUACUGUUGAAUGAAAUAACGAUAUGAAGUAUUCUAACUGAAUAAAGUAACGGUAUAAUUAGGACAGAAGUUUUCUAGUAAAGCGACUGGAAGAUACUAUUCAUCGUAACAAAAUUUUAUUCUCUCAACACUUGAAACAGAAGAAGAAAAAACUGAAGGAAUAAAAAAAAAAUGACGAUAAAGAUUAAUAAUACAAACGAGAAACUUAAAAACUAUAAUUUUCUCGAAAUCAAUAUCUAUUAUGGAAAAUCUCCUUGCAGAAUGUAUGCGUAAAAUCGAUCGAUUGUAAUUUACUCCAAUUUCUUCACAUUAUAUUGUUACUAUUGUAAGAGAGAAAAAUAAUUGCAUAAAUAAUUUAUCAAACUGAGCUAUAGUCGAAUGAUUCUUCGAGUUCUAUAUGACAGUCGAUAUUUGACUAGAAAUAUGGACGUGUUUGACAAACACUAUCGUACCUAUCAUAUUGUGUUGAAAAUCAUAGGAUUAUGGCCGUACAAUAACUCAGUCUACGCAUGGAUUCAAAGAUUAUUAUUAUUGACACUCUAUCUUGGAAAUGUAAUAUUUCAGAUCGUGUCACUUUUAAGAUCUGAAAUUACCUUACGAAACUGUAUUUUAAUAUUGUCUACGACUUGUCCACUUAUAAUAAUUUUGCUACGGUAUAUAAACUUUAUAAUGUUUUUUCCUAUGGUAAAACAUUUAUUUCAUCAUAUCGGUAUGGAGGAAAAUAUAGUACAAGAUUCAAUAGAAACAGAGAUACGGACGAAAUACAUCAAUGAAUCUUGUCAAAAGAUCGAUUUCUAUUUCCGUGUGAUUUUUUCAACUAUUACAUUAUUUAAUAUAUCCUUAUUGUAUUUUAUAACAAUGAAUUUCAUAAUGCCUGUGAACCAAUAUGGUAUACUUAUUCUUCGUUACAUUACAUUAUUUUCUGUCAAUCGAAACAUAUAUUUUUAUAUUUUAUGCUUGGAUGUCAUGUUUGUUGUUACAUUUGGAUUAUUAUCUAUAAUAUGUACCGAAUCGAUAAUUAUAGUUUAUAGUUAUCAUACAGGCAUGUUGUUUAAAAUUAUUAGCCAUCGAAUACGAGAGAUUAUUACGUAUUUAACUAUAUUUAAUCUCUCAUCGAAGCAAAUUGACACGAAACUCACGGAGCUUUAUCGCGUAGUGGAUAUACAUAAUCAAGCAAUCGAACUUAUCAAUAUCAUGAUAAAUAAUUCAGGAAAACAGUAUAUGAUGUCCGCUCUUUUACUCGUAAUUUCAAUGGCUGUAAGUCUGCAUCGACUAGUAAAUGCGAUUACAAUUAAGAAGGAUCAAUUAGAAAUUUUAAUCUCUCUUAUAAUUUUUGCCAAUCAUUUGAUGAUUAUGUUUUUAUGUAAUCAUAGUGGCCAAAUACUUAUAGACAACAGUGAAGAAUUUUUUCAUGAAUUAUAUAUUUCUGUAUGGUAUUUUGUACCGUUAAAAGUACAAAAGAUUUUAUUACUCGUUAUGAUACGAAGUUCAACGGCAUGCAUGUUUCACAUCUUUGGUGUGUUCAUUCCUUGUUACGCAGGAUUUACAGCGAUGUUGAACACUUCAUUUUCAUAUUUUACUUUGAUAUACUCGAUACAAUAA